CAGUAUGUAUGUAUGUGUGUGUGAACGUCUGCUUAUGAAAGGGAGGGACUUGGGAGAGUUUUUGACUGAAAUAAUUAAGUGGACAGGGAAAAACAAAUACGUGAGAGAGAGUGAUUGAAAAUAUAAUAAAACUGAAGAUAUUAAGAGAGAGUGAAUGAAAUAGAAAAACAAGUGGAAUAGGUGUGGGUGAGAAUAAGAGAUGGAUGGAUGGAUAGAUAGAGAGAGGGAGAGAGAGAGAGGGUGUGUGUGUAAGUCUGAAAGAAGUGCGAAGUGCAGCGGGUGACAAAAAAUAGUACGAAGUUACAGGAGGGUGUUGUAUGUUGAGAGCAAAUUUCUCAAAUAAAAAGCACUGCUCCCAAAACAUUAAAAAAUUUCCCACUUUACAGCAGAACCAUCAUUAGUUUAGUUAGCAACAAGAAGUGGGAAGUUUGUCUUGCUUGUAAGAUAUAUAUUUUUACAUACUUGUCUCUGCUGUUUCGUUCGUUGAACUUAUUGCUUGACAGUUUCAUUCAUAUUCGUCGUGUCACUUUUCUUAAGAGUACACGAACAGAACAGAACUUGUCACCUACAAAGGAGUACUUCCAUAUACCGAACAGUAAUACAUCUUUUCAACUAUGACAACAAUUCAAGCGCCACUGCCGAACAGGAAUCCAGAAAUUAAAUAUACUCAGAUUCUCAUCAACAAUGAAUUUGUGAAUUCAGCCAGUGGCAAAACUUUUCUAACUCUGAAUCCCUGUCAUGGAGAAACUAUAUGUGAAAUCCAGGAAAGUGACAAGGCUGACAUAGAUAAAGCUGUAGCAGCUGCUAAAGCUGCCUUCAAGAGAGGGUCCAAAUGGCGCUGUAUGAAUGCCAGUGAGAGAGGCUUGUUAAUCAACAAAUUGGCCCACUUAAUUGAGAGAGACAGAAUAUAUUUGGCUAGUCUGGAAACCCUUGAUAAUGGUAAACCUUUCAAAUCCUCUUUGGGGGACAUAGAAUUUGGCCUAUCACUACUGAGAUAUUAUGCUGGUUGGGCAGACAAGAUUGAAGGAAAGACAAUUCCAGUUGAUGGUGACUUCUUCUGCUACACCAAACAUGAACCAGUUGGAAUAUGUGGCCAGAUUAUUCCGUGGAACUUUCCUAUCUUGAUGUUCCUCAUGAAAAUUUGCCCUGCCCUGACUUGUGGUAAUGUAUGUGUUGUGAAACCUGCUGAACAGACACCUCUCACAGCUUUAUAUAUGGGUGCAUUGUUGGUAGAGGCAGGCUUUCCACCUGGUGUUGUUAAUAUCCUACCGGGUUAUGGACCCACAGCUGGGGCAGCAAUAAGCACACACCCUGAGAUUAACAAGGUAGCAUUCACUGGUUCAACAGAGGUGGGUCAAAUAGUUAUGCAAGUUGCUGGUGCUUCCAACUUGAAGCGUUGUUCUCUGGAACUUGGUGGCAAAAGUCCAUGCGUUAUUUUUGCCGAUGCUGACCUUGAUUCUGCAGUAGCAACUGCUCAUGAAGCUGCUAUGAUCUGUAUGGGUCAGUGUUGCUUUGCUGGGUCUCGCACAUUUGUCCAGGAUUCUAUUUAUGAUGAGUUUGUUGCCAAGAGUGUUGAACUGGCCAAAAAGCGGUAUGUAGGGGAUCCUUUUGAUAGCCAGACCAUAAAUGGACCACAAAUCGAUGCAAUACAGCUGUCUAAGAUCAUUGAUUUGGUGAAGAGUGGGGAAUCAGAAGGUGCCAGAAUGAUGUGUGGAGGAAAACAGAAAGGGGACAAAGGAUAUUUUAUGGAACCAACUGUCUUUGCUGAUGUCAAAGACAACAUGAGAAUUGCCAAAGAAGAGAUAUUUGGUCCAGUACAACAAAUUAUGAAGUUCCAUGAUAUGGAUGAAGUUAUAGAGCGUGCCAAUAAUACUCAUUACGGAUUAGCAGCUGCCAUCUUUACAAAAGAUAUUGACAGAAUUAUGACCUUCACAAAUGCUAUACAAGCUGGAACUGUGUGGGUAAACACCUAUUGCUGCGUAGCAUGUCAGGCUCCAUUUGGUGGCUUUAAGAUGUCUGGAAUUGGCAGAGAAUUAGGAGAAGAAGGUCUUCGUGAGUACACAGAGGUGAAGAAUGUUAUAAUCAAAGUACCUCAAAAAAACUCAUAAAAACAUCACUUUGCCUUGCUCAGGGGCUUAAUGCCUUCAGCUUAAGCCCUUGGCCCAACUGGUUUCGAGUAGUAUCGGAGAGGAUUGGGCAAAACUACAUGGACUCCGACUGAAGAAGCAAUUGGCAGUGAAUAAUCCGUGCAUCUUGUUUUGUCCCGUUUGCCAUUGUUGUACUGUUGUCUUUUUCCUGUUUGUUAUGUUUUGACGAUUUCCGUUUUUCAGGGUUGAUAAAAUAAGUACCAAUCAAGCAUUCGGGUCUACUUUACCCCAUUCCCCAGAAUAAAUGACCUUGUGCCAAAAUUUGAAAUCAAUAUACAUAUAUAAAUAUACUUAUAUAAAUAUACAUAUAUAAAUCAAUAU